AUGGCCACCAAAGCCGCCCAUAAACGACUGAUCCGGGAGUAUGAGGCAAUUCAGCGUUCUCCACCACCAUACAUACAAGCACACCCAAGUGAAAAUAACAUACUAGAAUGGCAUUAUAUUCUGACUGGGGCCCCAAAUACACCAUAUGGGCUUAUGUCAUUUAUGAACAGCGAGGAGAUGACAGCAGGGAGCAUUAGCGGGUCACCUGCCGAAAGAAAAUGGCAUGCAGCGAGGUCAAGAUGGUGGAACUCUACUGGGGGCGGCUCAGCCUCCAAACCCGUUCCCGGUGUCCAGCCGACUACAAGGGGGAUCAACAACAUUAAAGCAGGGGACGGCGGUAUCAAAUUCCGGUUAGAAUUCCCUGACGAGGACAAGGAAAAUUGGGUUUGGAUAAAAGAGCAUCGCAUUGAUCCAGCCACUGGUCGGAUGCUUCCCGACGAAGAGGGCGAAGAGAUCAAUUGCUCGCCGGAGACGAGAGCCUUGCGACGGAUCCUGGGAGGGAGCACCGGUGUCGGAGUCGUGGUCCAAGGUGGCCAGGCUGCGAGGGAUGCGGGUCAAAGUUGGGUCUGGAGAAACAAGAUGUGGAUUAUAGCGGGCGGCAUUGUCGUAUAUUUCAUGCUAGCAAGGAUUUUCGGUGAAGAGGAAGGUGUUCUGUGA